AUGGCGCCGGCCGAGGACGACCACUACCAUCCCAAGGAUGCCAUCCAUUCCGGUUUAUACAACAGCAUGGUUUUUGGCGGCGCCGGUCUUCUCUUCGCCGCCGUGAAGAACUCGCUCGCAAGGAAGAACGUCGGGCCCUGGACCACCUUCACCAAGAACGGCGGCGUCAUCGCCACCUUUACGCUUGUCGGCGGCGCCUACGAGUUCACCCGCGUUGCCUCUGCGAACCUACGCGAGAAGGAGGAUUACUGGAACCACGGCAUUGGUGGCUUCGUUGCCGGUGCCGUUAUUGGUCUCAGGACCGGACGCAUGCCACGCAUCCUUGGCUAUGGCGCCCUCACCGCCGUGUCCUGCGCAGCAUUCGAGUUCACAGGCGGUACUUUGAGGGGAUACUGGAACGCUCCCCAAGUGGACGAGUACGAGCGGAAAGAGAUGUUGCGCAAGAACAGGAGGAGGCCGAUUGAAGAGACGAUAGCCGAGAUUGGCGAGGGCAGAGGUAUCCGACCGCCGGGAUAUGAGGAGCGGAGGCGAGAGCGAAUCAAGGAGAGGUACGGCAUUGACAUCAACCCCGUCUGCGCCGACCCCGAUGCCGCAUGA